CAAGAAGCGUUCUCCUCAUUGCUCUUUAAAUGUGAAACGAAGACAGACUUGACGCUCAAAAAGCGCGUGAGCGCCCAAAGCAAACAAAACGAUGAGAAGAGGUUAACACAGGCGUAUUCAAAGCAAAACGUGUACGAGAAUAUCUGAAGAAGAGUUAAUUGCAAAAAUUGUCAAAUUUCAUUGAAAACAAUGGCGUCACGAUUCAGCAACGCGUUGCAGAUCGUAAACUUGGAUGAUUUCAUCACUCCAUCGCAGGAGUGCAUUAAACCUAUAGAAAUACAGUCAAGCAAAAGCAAGACAGGUUCAAAAAUAAAAAUACAAUCAGACGAUGAUGGUCUUUCAGUACUCAAUGAGAUGGGACAGUCGGAAAAACUGCAAAAAGUUGAAAUCACUCUGGCAGACUGUUUAGCUUGCAGUGGUUGCAUCACAUCUGCUGAGAGUGUGUUGAUCACUCAACAAAGUAGAGAAGAGAUACUCAGAGUGUUUCAGGAAAAGACAGAGCAGCAGAACAUAGGAAGCACAGAUUCCAAGUACAUAGUAGUGAGCUUGUCGGUUCAACCUGUGCUGUCGCUAGCACAUCGCUACGAGCUUUCGCCAGAGCAAACUCUCCGUAAACUGGCAGGCUUCUUCUAUCGACUCGGAGCUGACGCGGUGUUGGACAUGACUGCGGCGGAUGAUUUUGCUUUAUUGGAAGCUGCCAAAGAAUUUGUCGAACGUUACAAGGCCAAUAAAGAAGGAGCAAAGAAUCAAUUACCAAUGUUAUCUUCUUCGUGUCCAGGUUGGGUAUGUUACGCCGAGAAAACGCACGGAAGUUUCAUACUGCCGCAUAUAAGCGUCACCAAGUCGCCUCAGCAAAUAAUGGGAUCCUUGGUGAAGUAUCACUUAGCCGAGACAAUGGGCCUGUCGCCGGAACAGAUAUAUCACGUAACCGUGAUGCCUUGCUACGACAAGAAGCUGGAAGCUUCCAGAGAAGAUUUUUACAAUCAAGAGAAACAAACCAGAGACGUAGACUGCGUAAUAACGUCGAUCGAAUUGGAACAGAUGUUCAACGAGGACGGUUUAGUGUUGAACGAAGUAAUUGAAGGUGAAAUCAAACAGCCGUUUGGUUCUUACAACAAGAAACUGAAGAACAGAUUAUGGGGUCACAGUGGCUCGGGAUCGGGUGGUUACGCGGAUUUUAUUUUCCGUUACGCAGCGAGAAAUCUCUUCGACGAGGAAAAUGUUACCGUGAACUUCAAGCCUCUCAGAAAUCCUGAUUUUCAGGAGGCGGAGUUGAAAAGAAACGAUGAAGUGUUGUUGAGAUUUGCCGUUAUCAAUGGAUUUAAAAAUAUACAGAAUAUAGUGCAGAAGAUGAAAAGAAACAAAUGCGUUUACGACUACGUGGAAAUUAUGGCGUGUCCCUGUGGUUGUUUAAAUGGCGGAGCGCAGGUAAGGCCCGAAGGAAACAUACAGCCCCGAGAACUUGCCACGACGUUGGAAAACAUGUAUCGCGAGCUUCCGUUGAGCGAACCCGAGAAAAAUAAUGCGGUAACAAACUUGUACAAAACUUGGUUGGGAGGAGAACACACGGACAAAGUUGGCGCGUACUUCAGCACGCAGUAUCACGAAAUACAAAAACUGAAUACAGCGCUCGCGAUAAAAUGGUGAUAGAUAAGACACAUAGAUAAGAAAAAUGUAUACUUUUUGCGUUGAAAUAUAAAAUACUAGUUUCUCUAUUACAAAAUA